GCAAAUAAGACUGACAAAGCAAGUAGGUUUCUUCUUAAUAUUCACAUUUUCCUCGGUUCUUUCGGACAAGAACCACCAAACAGCAAGCAGUUCUUUUUUGGUUUUCGGAAAGGUAAGAGAUUCCUGCCAUCUUCCUUCACUUACUUUCACUAAUCUAAAGAAAACAGACAGCAACAGGUCAGAAAAGUUGUUAGUUAUUCAACAUGAUUGAAAACAUUAAGCCACCAUUUUUUAUUUACAGUGUUUGUGGUGAUAUUGAGCAGUGAGAAAUCUAGCCUAUUUUACAGUGUAUAUUUAUGGAUGCUUAGUAAAAUAUAUUAUUAUCCUGUUAUAGGCUAUUCAAUAUUAUUUACCCAUCCCCCUUGAAUGAUCACAGUGAGGUAUGAUCAAAGAUGGUUGAUAAAUGAAGAUAGUUCACUCAGGCAGUUUACCAUAACAAAAAGGUAAACUCUGGUCCACGUAACUGGGUGUCUCCCAUAGACACCAAUGCAAGAGCAGCUGGGUCUGGUCUACUUAGUUCAUUGACUUUCAUUGAACCAGAAAACAACAGCGGGUGUGGUGUGUCGCUUCCUCUUCUGUCUCAGGUAUGAUGACAAUAAACACACACACACACACACACACACACACACACACACACACACACACACACACACACACACACACACAGAGGAUUGGUAGGGCUCGUAAUUCAAGGUUAUUGUGCUAGGAAUGUAUACUCUGAAUCAUCUAAAACCAUGUUUAUAAAAUGGUUACUUUGGAUCCUGGAUUACUGUAUUGUGAAAGUAACUAUUUAACUCAAUGUAUGUGACUGGAAUAAUAUACACAGUGGAAAAUGCCUGACCCCUGACUCACAGCUCCCACAUCCUCUAUACAGUGGGGGAAAAAAGUAUUUAGUCAGCCACCAAUUGUGCAAGUUCUCCCACUUAAAAAGAUGAGAGAGGCCUGUAAUUUUCAUCAUAGGUACACGUCAACUAUGACAGACAAAAUGAGAAAAAAAAAUCCAGAAAAUCACAUUGUAGGAUUUUUAAUGAAUUUAUUGGCAUAUGAUGGUGGAAAAUAAGUAUUUGGUCAAUAACAAAAGUUUCUCAAUACUUUGUUAUAUACCCUUUGUUGGCAAUGACACAGGUCAAACGUUUUCUGUAAGUCUUCACAAGGUUUUCACACACUGUUGCUGGUAUUUUGGCCCAUUCCUCCAUGCAGAUCUCCUCUAGAGCAGUGAUGUUUUGGGGCUGUCGCUGGGCAACACAGACUUUCAACUCCCUCCAAAGAUUUUCUAUGGGGUUGAGAUCUGGAGACUGGCUAGGCCACUCCAGGACCUUGAAAUGCUUCUUACGAAGCCACUCCUUCGUUGCCCGGGCGGUGUGUUUGGGAUCAUUGUCAUGCUGAAAGACCCAGCCACGUUUCAUCUUCAAUGCCCUUGCUGAUGGAAGGAGGGUUUCACUCAAAAUCUCACAAUACAUGGCCCCAUUCAUUCUUUCCUUUACACGGAUCAGUCGUCCUGGUCCCUUUGCAGAAAAACAGCCCCAAAGCAUGAUGUUUCCAACCCCAUGCUUCACAGUAGGUAUGGUGUUCUUUGGAUGCAACUCAGCAUUCUUUGUCCUCCAAACAUGACGAGUUGAGUUUUUACCAAAAAGUUAUAUUUAGGUUUCAUCUGACCAUAUGACAUUCUCCCAAUCCUCUUCUGGAUCAUCCAAAUGCACUUCAGACGGGCCUGGACAUGUACUGGCUUAAGCAGGGGGACACGUCUCGCACUGCAGGAUUUGAGUCCCUGGCGGCGUAGUGUGUUACUGAUGGUUGGCUUUGUUACUUUGGUCCCAGCUCUCUGCAGGUCAUUCACUAGGUCCCCCCGUGUGGUUCUGGGAUUUUUGCUCACCGUUCUUGUGAUCAUUUUGACCCCACGGGGUGAGAUCUUGCGUGGAGCCCCAGAUCGAGGGAGAUUAUCAGUGGUCUUGUAUGUCUUCCAUUUCCUAAUAAUUGCUCCCACAGUUGAUUUCUUCAAACCAAGCUGCUUACCUAUUGCAGAUUCAGUCUUCCCAGCCUGGUGCAGGUCUACAAUUUUGUUUUUGGUGUCCUUUGACAGCUCUUUGGUCUUGGCCAUUGUGAAGUUUGGAGUGUGACUGUUUGAGGUUGUGGACAGGUGUCUUUUAUACUGAUAACAAGUUCAAACAGGUGCCAUUAAUACAGGUAGCGAGUGGAGGACAGAGGAGCCUCUUAAAGAAGAAGUUACAGGUCUGUGAGAGCCAGAAAUCUUGCUUGUUUGUAGGUGACCAAAUACUUAUUUUCCACCAUAAUUUGCAAAUAAAUUCAUUAAAAAUCCUACAAUGGGAUUUUAUGGAUUUUUUUUUCUCAAUUUGUCUGUCAUAGUUGACGUGUACCUAUGAUGAAAAUUACAGGCCUCUCUCAUCUUUUUAAGUGGGAGAACUUGCACAAUUGGUGGCUGACUAAAUACUUUUUUUCCCCACUGUACAUCUUGAAGCCUCAAAGCAAAAUAAACUGAAAUACUUAUUUGCUUAUUGGGUGUACUGUAUUGUGUAUCAAACAAGUUGCGUAACCACAUGCAUUGAUGCAUGUUUUAGAUUUUAUGUUGGAGAAUAUGACAGGAGAAAGUUAGCUGUUAUAGCUGUCUUAUUGUGAAUGGUUUGUCUGGACUGGUGAACAUGUCUAGUGUCAUUCUCCCUCUCAUUCACAACAACCCUGCUCUCUCUGCUCUGCUUUUUAUAGCCCACGACCACUGACCAUUUCAUUUUUGUCUCCAUAGAGUACGGGAGUGGACAAGAGAGGAAGUCCGCCUGCUAUCUACUGUGUGUCCACUAACUAAGUCAUCAUGUCAGCCCCAGGUAAAUGUCUUCUACAUCACUGUUGAUUUAGAUAUCAUAUUAUACUGGGGUUGCUGUUUGCCCCAUGGUAUUUCACCCAUAGGAUUUGUAUAAUGCUAUUAUUCCAAUGUAUUCAAGAUAAGAAUUUGAAACCAGAGCUUGGCGUGUAAAAGGCUGAAUAUGUUGAUGUAAGCUUUGAAGGUUAUUGGGAUAAUGAUGUGGAAAAUGAGCUCGGAACAUGUUUGAUUGAUAUAAAGGACGUUUGUUCCUUGCAGUUUCCAUUGAAUGGGUGGUGCGGUGUUGGGAAUCCAUUGGUGUCUAACAAUACGGCCCACUUUUGUUAUGCAAAACAGUUAUUUCCUUAAUGCAGAAUCUCCAAUGCACUUCGUGAGCUUUAAUAACAACAGUUCAUGCUCCCCACAUAUUUGCAUCCAUAACUCCAUAUUCAUGUGUAGCUUUUUGUCAAUAUGAAUAUAUUUAUGAUACCCACUGUUUGUAUUACCUCCUAUAGGUUACCCAUCCCCUCACCAGGGUCCUGGAAGUUACUCCAUGGCCCCCUACCCUGUUCCUCAGGGGGGGUAUGGUGACCCUAACCAUGCUCCCCUACCGGUUGGCUUCCAAAUGGGCUACAACCACCAACAACCCCACCCAGGCCAGCCUGUGAUGUACCAGCCUGUGACCAUGCCCGAGUACGGUGGCCCUCAGAUGGGACCCAGCCCAGGCUAUGGUGGUCUCAUGCCUGGGCCCGAGUACGGUGGCCCUCAGAUGGGACCCAGCCCAGGCUAUGGUGGUCCCAUGCCUGGGCCCGAGUACGGUGCACCUCAGAUGGGACCCGGCCCAGGCUAUGGUGGUCCCAUGCCUGGGCCCGAAUACGGUGCACCUAACUCAGGCCCUCCUGCAGCCAUCUCCCCAGCCCCUGCAGCAGUUGUUCCUGUUGGAGUUCCACCUGGUCUGGAGUACCUAACACAGGUAGGUUUGCUUGGGAAGAGUAGCAUAACAGGCUGUCAAAUACACUGAUUUCACAAACAUCAUCUGUUAUCACAGUGUAAUGUUGGGAUUUGUUUUCUUCCAUGCUCUCUCUUUCUCCAUAUCUCUCUCACACUCUCUUCUGUGUGCGUUCCAUGUUUCAGAUUGACCAGAUCCUUAUACACCAAAAAGUGGAGUUGCUGGAAGGUGAGCUUGCUAGUCUUAUCUGAGUACAGAGAGAACAGAAGUAAAGGCAAUGUAGAAAUUGAUAAAUCAUGAGGAGAACUGACCACCACCAAACUACUGUUUUCCUGUUUACGUUCCUGGGUUUCUGUCCUCUCACCUUCCCCACCAUCCCCUCUUCCUUCUCCUCCCUCCGUUCCCCUCUCCUCAGCGUUCAUUGGCUUUGAGACCAACAACCAAUACGAGAUCAAGAACAGCCUGGGUCAGAAGAUCUACAAGGCCAAGGAGAAGAACGACUGCUGCACACGCAACUGCUGUGGCGCCCUGCGUAGCUUCGACAUGAAGAUCAAGGACAACACGGACCGCGAGGUCAUCCGCCUCAUACGACCCUUCCGCUGUGCCUCCUGCUGGUUCCCCUGCUGCCUGCAAGAGGUACGAUGGGGCGCUGAACACUGAUACAAAUAUUUGAUUACUUUGUAAACGGGACACAAAUCAGGGAAAAUAAUACAUAAAAUCAUCAUUGUCUUAAUAUGUUAGAGGAGGAGGAAAGGGACAGGUCACCUAAAAUUCAAUUGGUUUAUUUAGGUUAGUAUUAGCAUUUCCAUUCAACUCUGUAUGAAUGACAAAUGAAUGAUGCUAAUGCUAAGUUAAUGCUGGUAAUAAAUGCAUGCAAACUGUUGUACUGAAUGACUCAUGAAUGACACUGAAUGGUUCUUUGUCAGUCUGAUCCCUCUCCCAGACGGUCUUGAUCUGGUGCCAUCACUUCCCCUUUCAAGCUCUGUCUCUAUUGACUCACAUUGCUGGUUGGCUGCCUACAGUAUAGAGGCCUUCACGGGUCCAAACAGUUGGACCCAUACCUGAAUGGACCUGGGGCUUUCCCGUCCGGACCGAUAUGCAUAAAUAAAAAAUAUAAAUAUAGAGAGAGACCUGUUCCAAACUGACCUGGGGACAACUAGACCAUUUUUAAGCUACUUUAUUAACCAGAGCUGAUAAAGCGCAAGUGAGAGGAGGUAGAGAGGGGUGAUGCUCUAGCAGGGGCCAUGCUGUUAGUUUGUAGUCUACUGUGAGCGAGUGACAUGGGGAACAGGGAGGAGACACUAGCGACAGCAACCAACCAAGCCGACUCGCGCUGUAGUAGACUAAUACCUGCCAUAGCUAGGUUAUUUAUCAUCCAAUAUGAUUACAUAGUACCUGUCUUGACUGCAUCAAAGUGGCUGCAUGAGCUUUCUCGUCCUACUCCAUUCAGGAGAUAAAGGAGCAGCCUACCUGUUGGCUCUUGGCCUAUCCUUCUCCUUUAACUUUUAAUUCCAUCAUUUUAUUUCCAUCUUCCAUUGAUUAGAUAUCUCCUAACUUUUGCCACACACAGGGACUCUAUGACUGUAGCCUAUUGUCGCUUUGAUGACUUACAGUAUGAUUGGCCAACAACAACAACCUACAUUCGCCACUCUCGUGAAAAGCAAAUAGCAGCAGCAUAAGUGAUACAAUGUCUCUCUCUCUCUCUCUACUGCAGCAGUAGUGUUCGGAUCUGUAUAGGUCCUUCUGGACAAGUCAGUUAAAAUUACACAUACCAGAGACCCAUGACAAUCAUAUCAGAUCCGACCCAGACCUGUGACAUUAUUUAGAAUUCUGGAUCCGGACCCAUUUGGGUCCCGUCUUGGGUAUUUGGGUACAGGGGGAUUUGUGAAGACCUCUACUACAGUACAUUCCCAUGAGAUGUGAAGGUCCCUUAUGACUGUAUUUUAACACAUUAAUUCAGCAUCUAUGGAGACAUAGCCCCACAGUUACCAUGUGAAGCAUAUUACCUUUGUCAUGAUAGUGAUUGCUAUGCCAAUAUCAGACACCAGUGCACUCAUCAGAUUAGUGCCAUAUUACCUGCUGAAGCUAGCUUUGCAGUAACCCAAGCACAUGCUAUUUAAAGCCACAGUGUACAGACCGAAGCUCGAUUUAAGCAUGGUCAAAUACCUUUCUAAUUUUGUGUAUGUGUGUCCCCCUCAGCUCGAGGUCCAAGCUCCGCCUGGCACCACCAUAGGCUAUGUGUCCCAGGACUGGAACCCCUGCGUGCCCAAGUUCUCCAUCAAGGGGGCCAACAAGGAGACCGUAAUGAAGCUGGAGGGACCCUGCAUCGCCUGCAACUGCUGCGGGGACGUCAACUUCGAGGUGAGGGGUCAUACAGUUUGGGCUUUCUUUGGCUGAAAUCAGUUGAUAACCGUCCUAUUUAACUAGAACAAACCUAAUCUUUGACUUUGACAUUGCUUUUAGACCAGAAAAGACUGGAUAAGUUGCCCUUUUCUCUACACACCCAUCCAAUCCUUUCAGAAGUAGUGAUGAGGUGAAGCGGCCAGAAAUCUUUGUCUCUGACCCAUGUGUUUUGCUGCCCCCCCGUAGCUGACGGGGAAAGAUGGAGGCAAGCCCAUCGGCCGCAUCAGUAAGCAAUGGAGUGGCCUGUUAAAGGAGGUCUUCACCGACACGGACAACUUUGGCAUCCAGUUCCCCCUGGACCUGGACGUCAAGAUGAAGGCUGUGCUCAUGGGCGCCUGCUUCCUCAUUGUGAGUCCAUCUAUCUGUUUAAAUAAAGAUAUAUUUAAGACAUUUUCGAAUUACAGAGCUUUACAGGCGUAAAGCCUAAAACUGAGCUGAUAAGCAGUUGUUGGAGGAAAUUUAGUUGACAUUUCUUUCCUCUUCACAGGAUUUCAUAUUCUUCGAGAAGGUUGGCAACUCAAAGCAGCGCAACACUGUCUUCUCGUAACAUAGGAAAUGGGAGAGAAAGAAGCACUUGAGUCAAUGCAGUCUGUUUUUCCGAUCCCGUUCGGAACCUACAUCUUUUUCAGAAUCCAUAUGAAACUCCUUCCUUAUUCGAAAGUUUAGAGGAAGCUGCCAUCCCAUGCCAAUCCCAGAACUCUUUUUUUGUAUUUAUUUAAUAAAAGAUUUAGGGGGUAGAUCAGCUUUAAU